AUGGGUAAGUCGCUGGGCCUGAGUGAGGGCGAUGGAGCUUGGUGCCCUGCAGGACCCGUCUACCCCAAUGACGCAGAGUACCUGGAGAUAGACCUGCGCCAGCUGCAUUUCCUAACCUUGGUGGGGACGCAGGGACGCCACGCAGGUGGCCAUGGCAAGGAAUUUGCUCGCUCUUAUCGGCUCCAUUACAAGCGGGACGGCCAUCACUGGAUGUCUUGGCGUGACCGGUGGGGCAAUGAGGUGAUUUCAGGCAAUGAAAACACCAAUGAGGUGGUGUUGAAGGAUCUGGGACCUCCUAUCAUUGCCCGGUACAUCCGUUUCUACCCCCGUUCAGACCGUGUCAUGAGUGUCUGCUUGCGAGUGGAACUCUAUGGCUGUGUCUGGAAAGAUGGCCUUCAAUCCUAUACAGCCCCUUUAGGUCAGGUGAUGCCUUUGGCCGCAGAACUGGUCUACCUUAACGACUCCACGUACGACGGGUCCAGUGUCAGCAAGUUACAUUUUGGGGGUCUUGGCCAGUUGACGGAUGGAGUGGUGGGGCUGGAUGACUUCACCCAAACCAAAGAGUUCCGGGUUUGGCCUGGAUACGAUUAUGUGGGCUGGAGCAAAAUAUCUUUUCCUGACGGUUUCAUCAAGAUGGAGUUUGAGUUUGACCGACUCAGAUCCUUCACAUAUAUGAAGGUUCACUGCAGCAAUAUGCACACACGUGGCGUGGGGAUCUUCGAGCAGGUGGACUGCCUCUUCAAGCACAGCCUCGCCACAGCUUGGGAGCCUGUCCCUGUCUCCCGACAGCUUUCGGUGGAUGUCAGGGACCCCAGUGCCCGCUCUGUCACCAUACCACUGGAUGGACGAAUCGGCUUGUUUGUCCAGUGCCACUUUUACUUUGCCGCCGAGUGGAUGCUCUUCAGUGAAAUUGCCUUUCUCUCAAGUGAGUUGGGUCUGGGACCUGGGUGAUUGCUUGAGGCCAAGGACUUGAAAGUAGAAGGUAGAUGAAACCUUCAAAGAUCUGACAUCAUUGUUGUUACUCAUUAGUGUCAGUCA